AUGCCCAAGGGAAAGAAGGCCAAAAGGAAGAAGGUGGCCCCUGCCCACGCCAUGGUGAAGAAACAGAAGGCCAAAGACAUGGUCAAUCGUUUGUUUGAGAAGAGGCCCAAGAACUUCGGCAUCGAGCAGGACAUCCGGCCCAAAAGAGAUCUCCCUCGCUUUGUCAAAUGGCCCCGCCACACCAGGCUGCAGUGGCAGAGGGCCAUCCUCUAUACACGGUUCAAAGUGCCUCCGGCCAUUAACCAGCUCACCCAGGUCCUGGACCAGCAAACAGCCACCCAGCUGCUUAAGCUUGCCUACAGGACAGGCCGGAGACAAAGCAGGAGAUGUAGAUAA